AUCAAAACACUCUUGAUCGCAACGCCAGCCAUCAUUUUAGGAUGACAUUCGCCACUUGAAGCAGAUGUUGACACCAACUAGACAUUAAAACAGGACACAAUUUUGCAAACUUGGUAUAGGACUGAUGCGAUUUGUUCCCGUUUGUCACUGAGAGUGGGAAGUAAAAGUUGAAGUUUCUCCAUGGCAGCCAUGACUGAAAAAAUGAUACUGCCACUGGAUGUGGUGAUCGAAUCAAUAUCCACAAACAGUGAGCUAAAAGAGAAGUGGAACCAUUUGUACAUAUACAAAGAAGAAAUAAAAAAGCUACGAUUGCGAUGCAAAGAAUUUUUAGCAGAGGAUAAAUGCUGGAACCAGGCCCUGAACUCAUAUGUAGAGAAGUCGUGGCAGACUGAUGGAAAUACUUCCGAGCUGCUGUACGAGCUGUUGAUUAGGUGCUACCAGGACAAAUGUGAUCAGAACUCUGCAGAUGGCAUCAUCAUUUCUGGAGAGUUGACCACACUUCAGAAUAAGUAUGAAGGAAAGCAUUCUGACCUCAUCACAGAUCUUUUGAUGGUUUUGCACUCUGAGAGACAACUGCUACGACCAAGUCAGGAGGAAGGUAUGGAUACAUCAGAAAAAGAUGGCAUCCUUCACAAUGUACAGCAACUGGAUGUUCUCCGCAAGAAUCUAGAUGAACUUGUACAGUCCUAUGAGAAUGUGAAUGAAGAAAUUGAGAAUCAUCAGCAAUGUAUUCGUGCAUUAUGUCAACCAGGAUCCUUACAGAAUGGACUCCGCGAUACCACUCGUCAGGCAGAAAUUGAACAUUAUCGAGCUCAACUUCACGAGUGUAAUUCAGAAAAAUGCAACACUGAGAAGGGAAUUUAUGACACACUUAACGACAUUGUAAACAAUGCUGAUACAGUGUUAAAAGAGAUGCAGAUGGAAAUGGAACACUGGAGGAUGGAACAGAGAAAGUAUUAUGUUGAUGUCGCGACAAAACCCAGCUUGCCUAAUAAACCACCACUUACGAAAUGGUGUGCACAUGCUGGACUGUCCCUGUUUGACCUUAUUCGCUGUUCUCUGCCAAACAUUCCACAAAACAAUAGCCUAAAUCUCACAAAGAACAUACAGACUAUAAAUGAAAUAUUUGACCAAAUGCAGCUGUGUUCCUUCGUGGUCACUGAUCAGGUCAAGAACUACAUCAAAGUCAGCAUGGGAACGAAAAAGAAGGGUGGUGAUGGGCAAGAUGAGGAAGAUGAGGACAGUGGAGGGAACAAGAAGUUCAGCUGUCCAAAAUUUAAAGCCACCGUCAGACUUGUUGCUGCUGCAUCAAUUGAUUCUGUGGAGCAAGUACGUGCAUACUUUGUCCAUGAGGACUAUCUGUCCCAGGUUAAGGACCCUGCAACCCAUGAUUUUUCAACAUCCAAGUAUCCACUAAAGGACACGAAACAGAAGGGGGCCUCCAGCACUGCCACUAGUACUGUGGAGAAGGACACGGGAAAUGCAACAUUUAAAUCUCUGGAGCUGAAGAGUUUUAACAGAGAAAAGGAGAGCAAUGUUGCUAAGGAAAAGUUUAGGAUUGUGUUCCAAACAAAGAUGAGGGUCGGGGAGAGGGUGAUCAAUUUAUGGACAAUGUCACUACCAAUUGUAGUGAUCACUGGUGCCAGUCAACAAUGUAAUGCAUGUGGAUCUCUCUUGUGGCAGUGUCUCAAUCCAGCGGACAAGGGACAGUUUCCACCCCCUGCAUGUCCAGAAGAACUACCUUGGUCCCAGGUAAAGGAAUUGUUGGACACCAAAAUAAAAUAUCUGGGUGGACGAGGGCUCACUCAGGAUGAAGAGAAACACCUGGUUUCAAGAAUUUCAGGUGAUCCGAAUAUCUCUCUUGACAGCGACCCCCUGAUUCCCUUCAGGAAAUUUUGUAUUGAUAAGAUGAUGGAUAUAAGUGACCCUAACAAGAAACCUGAAGAUCGUAAGAAGUCGGCAACAUUCUGGAUGUGGUUUCAGGCUGUUUAUAACCUGAUCAACACUCACCUCAAGGAAUACUGGAAGAAAGAACUCAUUCUUGGUUUCCUGGACAAGGAACAAGCCAACGAAUGUCUCAAAGAUUGCCGUCAACAUACUUUCCUCCUCCGAUUUAGCAACAACAUCAUCACAGAUGCUCAGGGCCAGAAUAUGUGUGGUGCUAUCUCUGUGUCCUACAUGACAGCUGCAAGAAAGACAGACCACAUGUUGCCAUCCAUUACUGAGGACUUAAAGAAAUACAACUUGGCUCUGACAUUAAAAAGGAUGAUUAAUGGCAAAACUCACGAAUGUGAGAUGAAAUGGGUUUAUCCAGGUAUGAAACCCAGAGAAGAAGAAUACAGAGCGUUCCUUGAAGAUGAUUGCCCCGAGCGUAAACGUAUAGAUGGCUAUACCAAGUUAAAGGAGAUGUUGGUCAUAGAGCAAGUUAAUGAUGAGUUGGGGGGUUUGACACUGAAUGAACGUCAGAAGAAGAGACCAGUGCAUAGGGUCAAAGGUCAAAACAAUUUCAAGGUAGCAAAGGUCACAGCAGUCAGCCAUGUUGUGACAAAUCAUGAUGAGGAAUCGUCAUCAGGACAACAGUCAGGGAACCUGCCUAAAAUUGUUGAUGAAAGAGAACCAAAUGAGCAGUCUUCCAAUAAUGUGAUGCAGGUGAUCCCAGGAAGUGCUACCUUGAGUAGGACACGAUCGGUUCCUCAACCUUCUGAUGUUGCAACUAAGCCAAUCUCUUCCACCUCAAGAAGUCUAUCACAUCCUCAUACAACCAAGUUUCCACAUCUUCAAAACAUUUUAUCAGAACCAGUCAAGGAUGGACUCAAAAUCAAGUUACUGCAGGGUCCUAAUGCUACACAUUUCCCACAGGGUUGUGUAGAGGUCAACCAAGGUAUUGGUUGGAGUCAGGCAGAAGACAGGUUAGACAUGGUGCACCAUCAGAAAAAAACUAUCACUGGGGGAAACAAUGGUUUCUUUACAGUUGAAUCAAGUGUUAAACCAUGUAACUCACCUGUUUCUUUAUUGCCAUUUCCUGAGUCGAGUAUUAAACAGAGUGGCUCUCCUCAGUUGCCAAAUUUUAUGGAUCCAAAGAUGGAAUCACUGUCACCAGCACACACUGUCCAAUCUAUGACACAAAAUAUGGUAGCGCCACCAACUGAAAUGACCUUUCAAUCACCGAUGUUGUCUGACACAUCAUCCUUGGGGUCCCAUAUAAUGCUGACCACUGACACAUCAUCCUUGGGGUCCCACAUAAUUGUGGCCAAUAACCCACAGCCUCCUGUAGUGAUAACUGACCCCACUAAUGGACCGACAUUUCACCCACAAAUACCCACUGUCCAACAUGAGCAGCAUGAGCUAUAUUUGAAUCAAAAUUCUGAGGAGGUCACAGAGCAGCCAGAACAGGGGGAUGUUUACCCAGAUCUGGAUCUGGGAGAUAUCAUUAGUCAAUACUUUGAACCUGAAAUUGAUCCUGAUGAUCCUGAUUGGACGUGUUUAUUGCAAACUUGAAUCUUGAUAUCCCACUUUAAAAUCUAAAAUGCUUAUUAAACGGUGGAGGGGGACUGUGAUGACCCUAUAGGUUUCCUCUUGUCCGUCUUUCACGUAUGUAUGUUAUAAAACAAUUAAACUGCGCAUUUUGAGCUAUACCUAUUGCAUUCCUAAAUAUCUUAUUCUGGUAUGGACCGGGAGAUCAAUUUUCGAGGUUUAGUUGAGGUGUAGCCAGACUAUUUCAACCAGGCUACCCAAAUUUUGCACCUUUAUCAAGAGGUCAAGGUUACAUUUAUGCAUUAGUUCUUUAUUUCUUUGUUUUAGAGUUUUUUUUUGUGAAUUCAUAUUUUUAGGUUAUCUGACCUGAAGGGUCAGGGUGACCUAUAGUUAUCGUGCUUCGACCUUCCUCGUGUGCUGUGCAUGAACUUUUCACAUUUCAAACUUCUUAAGUUCCACUGUUGGGAUGGAGCUGAAACUUGUCUGGAAUGAUCCUGAGAUGGUUUUGACAACCAAGUUUGUUAUUUUUUGGGUCGGUGCAAAAUCCAAGAUAGCUUGAAAAACACAUCGUAAAUUUCCACUGGAGCCAUUAAGCUGACAUUUGGUAUGGAUGUUAAGGAAGGGAAGCUGUCAAGAUGUUGUUAUUUUUCAGUCUCGUAAUUUUUUUUACAUGGCAGCCAUGGCGGCCAUUUUGUAACAUGAUUGCACAAUCCUGAACAACACCUAUUUCAAACUUCUUCUCAAGGUCCACAAGUGGGAUUCAGCUGUAGCUUAUGUGAAAUGCUCCCGAGAUGGUCCUGACCUAGUGUUGUUCUGAAAUCCAAGAUGGCCACCACCAUGAAACACAUUUUAAACUUCUACAGUCACUGGUGCCAUUGAGCUGACUAUUGGUAGGAAUGCUAAGAAAGGAAGGCAAAAAAGUUAUUUUCCAGCCUCUUAAAACUUUUGACAAAGCAGCCACAGCAGCCAUUUUGUAACUUAAUUGUGUAAUUAUGGUUUUCCUGAACAACACCUACAAUGUACUUCAAAACUUUUUCUCAAGUUGUACCAGUAGGAUUCAGCUCUAACUUACCUGAAAUGCUCCCGAGAUUGUCCGGACCAUGUGCUGUUAUUUUUUUCGGGACGGUCUGAAAUCCAAGAUGACUGCCACUGCCACUAGUGGAAUAUAACAUACAGUCAGCACAUUUAUACAAUGGCCCGAGAAUGGAAUAACGCAUUGUAUUGUGGUAGAAAACUGUAUAUGGAUAGUGGGGCUGGGAAUUUUAGCUAAGUGCCUAUGAACUACAGCAUCUUUUACUACCUUGUGGAAGAAAUCAAUGAAAACACCUCCUUGUACUUUUUUGGGGGGCUAUAGUUUCACUUCCAAGUACAUUACUUGGGGAACCUUGCUUUGGUUAAAGAUGUGAAUAUUUGCCCUAAAAGAUCAUGUAUUUUGACAAAAACCAAGUCAUUAAAAUUGGUAUAAAUUAACUGUGGUAUAUUUGACAUUUUGAAAUAAUGAAGACUGCAGAUAAGACUGUAUCAGUAUAAUAUAAGCAGGCGAAGUGUCAUGCUACUGUUUCUAAGAAAUAUAUUGGUAUGAUGGCACUUAAAAAGUGAACCCUUGAAGGUUUUCAUUGUGUUGCGACCAUUGUAAUAUCUUGUAUUAAAAGCAAUUGAUCAUGAGGAUGUUAAACUCGGAACAAAUUAUAAUGUAAUUUGUUCAAUUUUUUAAACAGAAUGUCUUUUUUUUUUUUUUUUUUUUUCCAUUUAUUUAUUCCAAUUUGUUCCAAUAAAUCAGUCUCAAUUUAUGCAAGUUCAUAGCAUACCAAAACUAUUUAUUUAAUAGUUUAUAGCAUACCAAAACUAUUUAUUUAAUAGUUUAACAUUCAUUCUACUUUUAUUGACAAAUAUUUUAAUAUUACUUAUAAAUAUCACAUUCAUGAAAAUACAUUAUGUAGUGUAGGUUUUUGUACAAUAAGAAUUAGCUAAAUGAGAUUAUUGUGACAAUGACAAUUAUUAAUAUGUAUACAAUGUUAAAGAAAGUAUCGGUAGAAAAUUGUUUAAUUAAGAUAUUGAAAAGAGAAUUCAAACUACUGCCUAACUCUGACAAUAGUUUUAUGGACUCAUCGACAAUUUUGAUGGUUUCCAUGAUGCAUGGGUCUGUGGUGACUGAGUGGUUAAGGUGUCCAGACAUGUACACUUUAUCACUAGACUUCCACCUCUGGGUUGUGAGUUCAAAACCCAUGUGGGGCAGUUGCUUGGUAUUGACCGUAGGUCGGUGCUUUUUCUCUGGGUACUCUGGCUUUCCUCCACCUCCAAAACCAGGCACAUCCUUAAAUGACCCUGGCUGUUAAUAGGACGUUAAACAAAAUAAACCAAAAACUACACAAUCCAUGAUACAUAAGUAAAAUCCAGUUCUAUUGCACAUAUCAUUAUAUGUAUACAUACAUGUAAUAUAUUUCAUGUGUGUGAGAGAAUAUUGAAAUUUUAACUGGGUGUGAAGCACAAGUAAAAAUGGUUGUUAUAUUUUGUCAUUAACUUGUGAAAUACAAAAAUAUAUAUAUAUGUAAUGGGAAUUAAAGCAUUCAAUUUUCUGUUUAUAUUUCGUUUUUAAGGGAUAAAAGAAAUCUAUACAUCAAAAGAGUAUAGGAUUCGGUAGCAUAAUCCUUGAUGCAUGUAUCUUGGGAUGUUAUGCUUGACAACAAAACGUUGCCAUUUUGAUUGGGCUGCUCAACACCAUUUCCUGUUGCCCAAUUGUUACAGUACCUGGAUGCCCUAUUGUUAGCAGUAUGCCCAAUUGUUAGCUGUAUGUCCUAUUGUUACCUGUACGUUUUGCUUACAAAACUGUUGUCUAUUAUUAUGUAUUGAUGAAUGUAUUCUGGUACAGUUUUAAAUUAAUGAUCUUUUUGGGUGGUUGCUUCAUUUGGAUACAAAACGAACAAAUUGGUGGAUAUCUGUGUGGUGAAAUAUUAAACAUAAUUUUGAUCGCAGUAAUUGGUACCAACAAUUCAAUCAUCACUUACGGUGAUCUAUAAGCAGUGAUGAUAAAAGUUUUUUAUCAUGCUGAUAUCCGGUAUUUCACUCUUAAAAAUGAAUAUUAUACAGGUUGGAUUUUUAGUGCCAUUUGACUAAUAUUGAAUUCAUAAUUCUUGCCUGUUAUGAAAUAUUAUAUUACUGGUAAUGUAGUCUCACUGUCCAUUUUGUGACCAUGUGAGCAAAUUUGUGGAUUCUUCUUACAAUUAAAAUCAGUUUAUAUUCAUCAUAUUUCAAUUCAUUAUAUAUUUUGUUACUCCAUUGUCAAGUGAUGAUUUUGUCAAUUUACACAUUUUGUAUGAUAUAAUUGGUCAAUAGACACAUUUUGUAUGAUAUAAUUGGUAUGUCAUUUUGAAAUGAUUUGUCCGUUAGAUUUAGAUAUGAAACAUUAUAAAUUACCCUGUACUGAAUUCAUUAUUUCAUGUAGGACAAAGGUUCCAUUAAAUCUAUGAAGCUGUCGCUAGAAAAACCAUGAAACCUAUUACGUUAUUGUGUACAAGAACACUGAUAAUGACCUUGAACAUGUUGCUGUUGUUCUUCGCCACUCGUAUAAAAAGAAGUUUCAUAUU